AUGAGGGCGAUCGCGGCCCGCGGACGCGUAGGCGAUCGCUUGCGAAGUCGCGUGCUGGGCGGCGGUGCCAUGGCCUUCCAGGUCAAUUCCAUCAGGGCCAUCGACGCCGAAGAGCAGAAGCAGGUGCGGCGAGAGCUGGCGGCGCUCUUCCACCAGCACUACGUCGUACCCGGAGCUGGCACCACGGCUCGAGAGGUGCGGGACAUGGCCGCGGCCCUGAGGUUCAUCCGCAGCUUGCGCUGCGGCGAGGCCUCUUGGUGCGCCAAGGCCGCGCCUCUCCGGAGCUUGCGCCGCUCCGAGGAGGAGGAGAUCCUCCAACGCUUGCACGCCAGCCAGAACCCCGCAAACUGCGAGGAUGCCCGUUAUCUUGUCUUCCACGACGACCGGACCACAUCCGGCUUUGGCUGGAACGCCUUCAUCCUCUUCAGCGCAUUUCUGCAGGCUUUCCUGGAGGAGCGAGUGUUAGUGGAAGCCGCCGCAGUGAGUGAUCGAGACCACCAGAGGUGGCGCCAGCGCUGGUGCAGCGACCCGCCCUACUCCCUCAAGUGCUUCUUCCGAAGCUGGAGCAAGUGUGAGCGACCUGACCUGGUCUCAAAGGCGGUCCCUAUGGGCUUGUCCAGCCUCCUGGAUUGGAAGAACGCGGAGUCUGCAGGCAAGACCAACACCAGCUGCACCUGCAACGAACCCUCCGCGCUGUGGCGCGCCUCGCAGCGCAGCGACGAGACCUUCUUCCCCAGUAUGGUGGCCAAGGGCCGCUUCUGGUGGUACGCAGCCAUGGUCCGGCUUUUGAUGGAGCCAUUGCCAUGGCUGCAGGAGGCCGCGAAAGGCUUCUGGGAGCGGCUGCACCAGCGGCCCUUUGUGGUGGCGGCUGUACGGCGUGGCAACAAGAGCGUGGAGGUGCCCCACGUGGAGCUGCAGGAGUUCACCAAUCAGCUCAGAGCUUUCAAGGAGCACGGCAUCAAAGAUGUGCUGCUGCAGACCGAGGACCCUGAGACGUUGCAGCUCUUGGAGAGGUGGUGUGGCUACCAAGGCCUUCGCCUGCACUACACCUCCAACGUUCGCUUGGGACUGGAUCGCUUCAGCACCCGCUUUUGGCAAGCCGAGGUCAACAUGACAGAGGAGGGCCGGGUGGCCGUGCUGAACCUCUUGCUGGGCCGCCGUGCGGUGGCAGUCCUAGGCUCCUUUCACAGCGCCUGGAUGAAGCUGCAACCGGCCUUCAUGAUGGCCUACCACUGGAAGGCAGUCCUGGUCAUCGGCCUUGCCGGCCAGGACUACCAGAACUUCGGCUCCCUCGACAAUCCGCGCCAGCAGCUCUUGCGGCCCGGCGAGGUCUUCGAUCCAUCGGGCUUGUA